AUGGGCUCGUCACAUUCGAAGGAGAAGGAAAAUGCCCUCAGUAUGGGUCGGCUACGGGAGGAUAUGAAGUUGUACAAAUUGGUGGAUAUGCAUGGUGGCGGAGAGUUAUUACCAUGGUUCAGUAGUGGUGAUUACUCGUUAAUCGAUGGCUAUAUGGAAACAAAAGUCCGUGAAUCAAUGUACAACCAAGGGAAGGGCAAACUGGUAACAGUAACAGAACUCGUAAAAAUACGCAAUAAGGAAAGAAAUGAACGGCUGAGCGCAUUCUCACGAAAGAAGGGAAAAGGCAAAAGUGGUCCCAAUGUGUUGGACGAGUUUAAACAGGAAGGCGAGAACGUUGGUGAUCUGAAGAAAGGUAGUAGUGGUGAUUACUCGUUAAUCGAUGGCUAUAUGGAAACAAAAGUCCGUGAAUCAAUGUACAACCAAGGGAAGGGCAAACUGGUAACAGUAACAGAACUCGUAAAAAUACGCAAUAAGGAAAGAAAUGAACGGCUGAGCGCAUUCUCACGAAAGAAGGGAAAAGGCAAAAGCGGUCCCAAUGUACUGGAUGAGUUCAAACAGGAAGGCGAGAACGUUGGUGAUCUGAAGAAAGCUUUAAAACUGCUUGAUGGUGGAGGAAAAGGAGGGCGAGGCGAAUCCAAAUACCGGGAGAUCGCCUGGAAACUCGAAGAAAGAGGUGCCAUGGGUGAAACAAUAAUAGGCAUCUGUUUACUUCAAGGAACUGAUGUACAUAACAAGUUGGCUAUGAAAAUUAUAGAGGCGUUUCCAAAGUUGAUCAAUGACAUCAACAUAUCUGAAGAUUUUUACGGGUUAUCUCCUCUCCACCAAGCAGUUAUCAACCAGGACUGCCAUAUGGUUUAUGUGCUACUCAAGAAAGGUGCUGAUGUGAAUAUACGGUGUUACGGAGCAUUCUUCUGUGCUGAAGAUCAAAAGGCUGGAAGAACGGAUUCGCUUGAGCAUGAAUAUGUUGAAUUGUCCUUGAAAACGAACUACACUGGUCACAUGUAUUUUGGUGAAUAUCCAUUGUCCUUUGCUGCUUGCAUGAAUCACCAGGACUGCUAUCGGCUUCUCAUAGCUUACAAAGCGAACCCGAAUGCCCAGGAUACCAACGGCAACACUGUACUUCAUAUGUGCGUAAUACACGAGAAUAUGCAAAUGUUUCGCCUUGCAAUGGAAUCUGGUGCUCGUCUGAAUAUUGCCAACAAACAGAAUCUCACUCCACUUACGUUAGCUGCAAAAUUGGCGAAAAAGCAGAUGUUCAUGGAGAUUUUGGAACUCGAAGGUGAUUCAGUGUGGGCAUACGGAGGCUCAGCGUCUACUGCCUAUCCACUAUCAAAAAUUGAUACAAUUAAUGAAGUGACUGGAGAGCUAAACGAAGCCAGCGCACUAUCAUUAGUUGUGUACGGAGUGAGUUUGUUGAGAAAUCAUUUACCUCCACGAUUUUAUCGAUUUAAGUAG